GGUACUCUGCGACGGUGUCUGGCAGAGUUGGAGGAGAGAGGCGACAAGCGAGAAUUACGAUUGUCCGUCGGCGAGCCGCGCGCUCCAGCAGAUCCUGAAUGCACCGCGGCACUUACCAGGUGGAGGUCACGGUGGAGAACAGUAACUUCAGUCGUGCCAGAUCAUUCUAGAGAAGAUACGGGACAGAUCGUACAGUCGAUGCCGUGGACAGCGCCACCUAGGAUCGACGCGGAGUGGAAGCGUCGCGUUGCAAGGGUCGCCGUUGCCACGGAGAUUAUCAGCAAGCUGAGCGAGUCGCGUCUCGGACGCAGCGUGUGCGCGCAGUUCAAGGAGAGGCUGAAGGGCUCGCACGACGCGUUUGCCGCGUCGCUACGGCAACUGGAGGCCCGACACUCCGGCAGGUUGGAGAAGACGGAGGCGACGCGGCUGAAGGUUCGGAAGAACUACGCGCCGCAGCUGGCGAGGCUAGCACUAGAAAGCACCUCACUGAAGGACAUGGUCACACAUGGUGAGGAGAGGGGG